AUGCCUCCCGGACCUUGCGGCAGUGCUUCGGUCGAAUAUGCCGACUUGGGCCUGCUUCGGCGAGUGUGGCGCCGUUACUCACCUGCNCUACGCGGGCGCGCGCCUGGCGAAGAUGGCGAGCAUGGCGGCAUCACCCACCCUGCCGAUUCAGCCGACUUGGGCUUGCAUUUGACGACGGCGGCGAUCGUGGCGCCGCUAGCCACCUGCGGCCCAUCCGUCGAAUAUGCCGACUUGGGCCUACAUACGGCGAAGGUGGCGCCGUUACUCACCUGCUGGCUCAUCUUAUGGACCGAUCUACGCGGGCGCGCGUGGUCAAUGCACGUCGUCUGUGAUCCUAAACUGCAUGUCCCGCAACUCCUUCGUCUUGACUUCGAACUGUCGCUUGGUCGAGCAUCUUGUGGGUUCAGCAUGUCUUCCAAGCAGCAAAUGAUGCCACGAUUGCCGCCACGGGCAAUGUACUUGGUCUGGGACUCGUUCGAGAACGACAUCGACUUCGUCUUGAGCCCUGUGAACGGAUAG